GAGCCAUCUGAUUGGCCAGAACCGACCAGGUCUCUGACGGCGCAGAGGCUGAACAUCGACCAAAGCUGGCAGCAUCGUCCCGUAUCGUCGCAGAAGAGAGCUCCGUGACUGCGGAGAUAUGGAGACUUCAGGGAGGAUCGCGUCCACACCGGACACCCUGGAAUUCACUGUAGAGAACGUGGAGAAGGCGCUCCACCAGUUAUACUACGACCCCAACAUAGAGAACAAAAACCUGGCACAGAAAUGGCUGAUGCAGGCCCAGGUCUCCCCGCAGGCCUGGCAGUUCUGCUGGGCCCUGCUCAGCCCGGAUAAGGUCCCUGAGAUCCAGUACUUUGGGGCAAGCGCCCUCCACACCAAGAUCUCCCGCUACUGGGGGGAUAUCCCCACUGACCAGUACGAGUCCCUGAAGAGCCAGCUGUUCUCCCAGAUCGCCUGCUUUUCUUCGGGUUCCAAGAUGGUGCUGACCCGGCUGUGCGUGGCGCUGGCCUCGCUGGCGCUCAACACCAUGCCGGAGGCGUGGCCGGGCGCCGUGGCCGAGAUGGUGCGGGUGUUCCAGGAGGAGGGCGGAGGGGUGGACGGGAGGGCGCGCUGCCUGGCGCUGCUGGAGCUGCUCACCGUGCUUCCCGAGGAGUUCCACACCAGCCGCCUGCCGCAGUACCGCAAGGGACAGGUGCGCGGUGCCCUGGGGCGUGAGUGGGGGUCUGUGUGCCCCCUGCUGCAGCAGCUCCUGCGCAGGGCCGACAGCCCGGGGGCGGUGAAGGCCCGUGUGCUGCGCUGCCUGUCGUCCUGGGUGAUGCUGGACGUGCCACUCAAUGAGAGCGAGAGUCUGGUGCACGACUGCUUCAGCGCGCUGCCCGACCCCGAACUCUUUGACACAGCAGUGGAGGCCAUUGUCAACGCCAUCUCCCAGCCAGACUCCCAAAGGUAUGUUAACACUCUACUGAAGCUGGUGCCGUUGGUGCUGGCCCUGCAGGAGCAGCUGAGGGAGGCAGUGCAGGGUGGAGACAUGGAGACCUGCCACGGCAUCUGCCGCAUCGUGGUCACCCUGGGAGAGAACCACUCCAGGACCCUGCUGGAACAGGUGGACCACUGGCAGAGCUUCCUGGCUCUAGUCAACAUGAUCAUGUUCUGUACGGGCAUUCCUGGCCACUACCCGGUUAAUGAGACCACCAGCUCUCUCACCCUCACCUUCUGGUACACCCUACAAGAUGAGAUUAUGUCGUUUGAGUCGGAGCGGCAGGCCGUGUACCUGCAGGUGUACCGGCCCGUCUACUUCCAGCUGGUGGACGUGUUGCUCCAUAAAGCCCAGUUCCCCUCCGACCAGGAGUACGCGUCCUGGUCCUCAGAUGAGAAGGAGCAGUUCAGGAUUUACAGAGUGGACAUCUCAGACACGCUCAUGUACGUGUAUGAGAUGCUCGGGGCGGAGCUUCUAAGUAACCUUUAUGAGAAGCUUGGAAGACUGUUGACCAACACAGAGCAGCCCACGUCGUGGCAGCAUACAGAAGCAUUGCUGUACGGCUUCCAGUCUAUAGCGGAGACGAUAGACGUAAACUACUCGGACGUCAUCCCGGGUCUAAUAGGGCUCAUUCCCAGAAUCAACAUCAACAACGUGCAGCUGGCCGACACAGUCAUGUUUACUAUAGGAGCGCUGGCAGAAUGGCUGGCAGACCACCCAGUCAUGCUCAGCAGCGUGCUGCCGCUGGUGCUGCAGGCCCUUGGGAACCCGGACCUCUCGGUCUCCUCCGUGUCCACGCUCAAGAAGAUCUGCAGAGAGUGUAAAUACGACCUGCCGCCCUACGCCAGCAAUAUUGUGGCCGUCUCCCAGGAGGUGCUUAUCAAGCAGAUCCACAAGACGAGUCAGUGUAUGUGGCUGAUGCAGGCCCUGGGCUUUCUGCUCUCUGCGCUCCCCGUGGAGGAGAUCCUGAGGAACCUGCACUCACUCAUCACCCCCUACAUACAGCAGCUGGAGAAGCUGGCCGACGAAACGCCCAACCCCUCCAAUAAGCUGGCCAUCAUCCACAUCCUGGGUCUGCUGUCCAACCUGUUCACCACCCUGGACAUCAGCAAGCAGGACGACGAGUCAGGGGAGGGAUCGGCGCCGCCGGUUAAAACCACGCCCCCUCCACCCGGACCCAACCCUGUGGUGGUGGUCUUGCAGCAGGUGUUCGCCCUCAUCCAGACGGUCCUCAGCCAGUGGCUAAAUGACUCCCAGGUGGUAGAGGCCGUGUGUGCUAUCUUUGAGAAGUCGGUGAAGACUCUUCUCCACGACUUUGCGCCGAUGGUGUCCCAGCUUAGUGAGAUGCUUGGUCAGAUGUACAGCACCAUACCUCAGGCUUCUGCUCUGGACCUCACACGACAGAUGGUUCAUAUCUUUGCCAGUCAGACGGACCACUUCCCACCCAUCAAGGCUCUGUUUGAGCUAGUUACCUCGGUAACACUCUCUAUCUUCCAACAAGGACCCAGGGAUCAUCCUGAUAUUGUUGAUUCAUUUAUGCAACUCCAAGCUCAGGCCCUCAAAAGGAAGCCAGAUCUGUUCUUGUCAGAGAGCCUUGAUGUGAAAGCGGUGUUCCACUGUGGAAUCCUGUCACUCAAAUUUCCGGAGGCUCCGACUGUCAAGUCGACAUGCUUGUUCUUUACGGAGUUGCUGCCCCACUGCUCUGAUGUGCCCCCGGUGGCCAGGGUGGUCCAGGAGGAUGGCAAGGUGUUGAUACAGGCUCUGCUGGAGGGAAUCGGGGGCGGGGUCUCUCGGAGCCUGAUGGACCAGUUUGCUGAGGUGCUCUUCAGUAUGAACAAGAACUGCUUCUCUCUGCUGACGCUCUGGCUGAAGGAAGCCCUGCAGCCACCUGGCUUCCCCUCAAUGCGGCUCACGCCUGAACAGAAAGAGACCUUCUCACAGCAGAUCCUCAGAGAGCGAGUGAACAAAAGGAGGGUGAAGGACAUCGUCAAAGAGUUCACCCUGGUGUGCAGGGGGCUCCACGGUACAGAGUACGCCGCAGAAUACUAAAACGGGACUCUUGAACUUUGACCUGAACGUCAACCGACCUCUGCCAUCGGUACAAAACAGCUGGAUGCCCCUGCUCCACCUCCAAAACAAAACCAGACACAAAGGGAAGAUGAUUUAUUGCAGAUUGUGUACCUAACCCUACACACGGACUUCACAGUCACCCAGAGGUGGAAACAUUCCAGGAAGCUGCUGUCGUCAGGCAGAGGAACAGAAAACUGUCCGAGCAACCGGCCAAUAUCUUUCUGCGUCCUGAUUUUUUAUUUUUUUUUGGUUUACUUUCGACACAGUUUCUUUCUCCUCUUUUCUCCCUCCUUAUGGCCUUUGAUUUAUUCAGUUCUUUCGGUGUGGACGCGCAUCCUUUCCAGUGCCCAACUUUUGCCAUUAUUUCUCCCCGACAUCUGUCCCCUGAUUUGCAUCACUAUCCAAAACAAAGUGGAUGUCUGUGCCGUGCAUAGCUAGUGAUUAUCAUAUUAGGGUUAAAACAGAGGCAUUAUAAUCAUGUCUUUGUAGAGAGUAUGGGGAGGUUAGCACUUCCGCUGGUCACAGGAGGAAAAGGAUGUGGCCCGAUCUGGGGUUGGGAUUCUGCAGACAAGCGCUUCUACCCAUGACUGUAUCCCACAACCCAUGCCCCUUGCUAUACUCUGCAUUUGCCAAAUCAAUGUGGAUUGUUUAGUGGACGAGAGUUUUACCUGCGUGGCACUUCUCUUGGUAGUUGCCUUUGUGGGAUGAGUUGGCACAUUGAACAUUAAAGACCACAAGACAGGCUCACAGGCAACAGCUGGUCGUCUGAUGCCAAACCCUAUAUGUAUACAGUAGAUGUGUGUGUGUGAGUGUGUGUAUCUAUAAUAUAUAUACAUGUAUAUAUAUUACAUAUACAUAUAUAUGUAGGGCUCGAACCUCAUGUACAUAUGUCACUCAGACUGUAGAUUCCCUGGGAUGUAGAAUGUUGAAUUUCUCAUGUAGCCCCUUAGGGAAUACAGGGGGUACUCGAUACUGGGAAGACUAGGUAGAACUACUACCAGACGGAAGGGGAGGGAUUGGGUGUUAGGGGGGUUGAUUAUUAGUCCCUGUGGCUGGACUGCAUAGUCACUGUAAUCGUGCAAAAAUAUUAAUCAAUUUGUGCAUAUUAACAGUUAUUACCGAAAGGCUUUCUGCGUGUUUGAGAGCGUGUCAUGUGUGCGUGCGUGUGCGUGUACAUAACUAUGCGUGAGCGGCUGUGUGCGCACAAGUAUGUGUGGGUUCCCCCCCGCCCCCCCACUCCCAUUGGACCUAAAUGUGCAUCCUCCUAGCCCUGGCAUUGAAGCCCUAUCCAUUGCUCCACGCCACGGUGUCACUUCAUUUCUUCCUAAGCACUCAUCGAUUCCUCACAAGCCAUUCAGUGGUCUCCCCCCCCCCCCCCUCCUCCUCAUUGAUGGGGAGGGGGAGGAGAAACAGCCUUGGAGAAGGGCAAGAAGGAAACAUCCAAACGAAACGCAGCCUUAGAAACAUCUGCAUCCACCAAACAUCUGCACUGUACAACAAAUUAGAAGCCCAUGUAUUUAUAUAUAAAUAAAUGUAUCGCUGUGAAGGCAAAUGGAGGACAGCUGCGGCAGUGCUAUCGGAGACCAGCGGCUACACAGCCAGUUCGAUCCGUCGGCAUUUCACUAAAUCAACACCAAAAUGUACUUUGUGGUCUCCAGAUAAUAUUAUCUCAGUCUAAUCCUUCUGUCUUAUCCGAGGUGCCUGCAAACAUGUAGCAUGUAUGUGUUUCGUGGGGGGGAGGGGGGGGGGGGGGAUUUGGUUGGGUCCUCUGGGACAAUAAAUACGUUGUGUAUGAAACGCAGAAGAUUCAAUGAUUAAUGGCUAGACAUCAUGGUGCAGCUCUUGUGUUAGCUGUUUUACAAGCCUGUUUAUAUCUGUGAUAGACUGUUGUGGUUAAACUGUUGAGAAGAGGAGGUCAAUUAGUGGAGGGGAGGUAUAAAAUGUACAUUGUUUUUUUUUGUACCUUGUUUUAAUUUAUUAAAUAUAUCUAAGACCGCACCACUUUCC